AUGUCUAUAUCGGUUAGUGAUGUUCAACAUGCGCAGGCAGAGUUCAAGGACACCGCGCAGGACGGAAGCUCAGGUAGUCGGCCACUGUCGACGCCGGAUAUCGAAGAGGCGCAAACAGAUGAACUUCCACCGGAUGGUGGAGUGACGGCUUGGCUUGUUGUGCUGGGUGCAUGGUGUGCGAUGUUUAGCUGUUAUGGGUGGCUUCAUAGUGUUGGUGUCUUUCAAGAUUACUAUCAAACUGUCUUGUUCCCACAGUACUCGGCGAGCACAAUCUCCUGGAUUCCCUCACUCGAGGUCUUUCUUAUGCUUGGCUUGGGCCCUAUUGUCGGACGGCUCAACGACACUCUUGGGCCACGCGUGGUGGUGAUUGCCGGCUCAUUUUUGCAUAUCUUCGGGCUUAUAAUGACCUCCAUCUCCACAGAGUACUAUCAGGUGCUGCUCGCGCAGGGAAUUUGCAGUUCAAUAGGCCUCAGUGCCAUCGCUCAGCCGGCCUUGAGCAUCAUUCCCAGCUGGUUUAACAAAAGACUCGGCGCAGCAUACGGGAUCAUGUCCUCAGGCGCAGGCAUCUCCGGUGUUAUCCUCCCCGUCAUGGUUAGUCGACUUAUUGAUAAAGCUAGCUUUGGCUGGGCCAUGCGAAGUGUUGCAUUCCUGCUAUUAUUCCUGCUCAUCAUCGCCAACCUUACCAUCAGAGCACGAUUGCCGCCAUGCCCAGAGCCCCUGAAUAGAGAGAGCCUUCUGCGCCCGCUUCGGGAUGUGAAGAUGGUCUUGCUCGUGUCAGGUAGCGUCUUGUUAACCCUUGGCAUGUGGGUUCCACUCGACUACAUAAUCACAUCGGCAUUGGCGGCGGGCAUGCGGCCCAAUUUAGGACAGUGGCUGGUGCCCAUGCAGAAUGCGGGAAGCAUCGUUGGACGGACGCUCUCCGGUGUCUUCGCAGACAAAAUCGGCACGUAUAAUACUAUGAUCUCGUUCUCUGUCUGCACUGGCAUCCUCGUACUUGCACUUUGGAUCCCCGCCAUUAGCAACGCCGCCAUCAUCGUAUUUGAUGUACUGUUUGGAAUCGCCUCGGGGGCUUACUUUUCCCUGGUUGUCGCCAUGGUCGCAUGCAUCGCCCCGCCCCAGGAGAUCGGAUACUGGAGUGGCGUAAACUUCAUGUUCGCGUCAAUCGCCGGUCUUGUAACGGGGCCCAUUGCGGGCGCUAUCCUGGUACAUGGUGACGGAUCAUAUUGGGGAAUGAAGCUUUACUCGGGCGUGCUUAUCCUUGUUGGUAGUGUAUUGGUGCUGGGUACACGGGUGCUGCAGACCGGGUUUGUUCUGCAAGCCAAACGUUGA